GUUCUUCUCUCACGUCUCCAGCGAAAGGGGAAUCGCCCUGACCUCGUUGCCCAGCGCCCUGGUUACCUCUCACGUUGCCUGACGCUCAGUUGGGCAGCCAUGCAUCCAACAGCAGGGCACUUGCAGCUGAGCGUCCGAGUUUCCAGUGCCACGACUUUCCAACACCACCUUAAUCCUGAAAGCUUCGCGACUCAUUUUCGACCGCAUCUUCAAAGGGCCUUUGUCCAUCAGCUUGGAAAGCAAUGCGGGUGGAUUUGCCGACUUGCGUCCCAGAGACUACAUGUACAAGCAGAUAUUUGACAAUGGCUUUCCCAGCAUCGAGCCCGUCGGCGUACUCUGCCCCGAGCAAGGAGCGGCUCUACUUGAGGGCGAGUCACGCAUAAUUUACAAUAGUGAGACGUACGCUCUGGGAGUGAGCAAUGCGUGGGAUCCCAACGGUUCAGAGCUAUUCAACACCAACCUUGAGCCUUUUGUCGGAGGAGUAUGGGGACCGCGUGCCCAGGUGGUUGGCCUUGGGUCUAGGACUGUCAUUUUAGUAGCAAGGGCCUGCUGUAGCGCUACGACGUACCUGGUCAUAGGAUGAGGAGACGAGACAUGCCU